AUGGGAUUUACAUCCGAGUUCAUCUCCAUCGGAGGAAAUAGAAACCCUGCUGCGGCUGACUGGGAUACCAAUGGCUCGGGGCUCCUCGCGUAUGGGGCUGACAACAGUAUCGCACUGUGGGACCCCUCAGACAAUGAACUCCACGGCGUUCGAUCGCUCUUAAGCGGUCAUACCAAGGCUGUCAACGCUGUCAAAUUCUAUCCCACAGGCCCUAACGACAUCUCAAUUAUCAUCAGCGGCUCUUCAGAUCAUACCAUUCGAAUAUGGAAAAGCAACCCUGAAGACAAGUUCGAUUUCGAAUUGGUGAAGACUGUCUCCGAACAUGGAAAUGCCGUUACUCGUAUAGCGACAUUAGCAAACUCCAAUCUUUUCGCAACAGGGUCAUCUGACGGCACCGUCAAACUAUGGAAGCUCAUCCAACAAAAUGACUUCGCCACCAUUGAUCUUGAGCUGCUUCAGACAAUCAAUCUAUCGCCGAAGUAUUUCCCUCUGGCACUUGCUCUUGCGAAACUAGACGAGUCAUCUGAUAUCCUGGCUGUUGCUGGCACCAAGACCUCAAUUCAGAUCUACGUGUCUCGGAACCGGAGCUUCGAACUUGCUGCUACACUUACAGGCCACGAGGGAUGGAUACGUGCACUAGAAUUUACACAUGAAAAUAAUUCACCGGAAAGCGACCUGAUUCUUGCAUCGGCUAGUCAAGACAAAUAUAUACGUCUCUGGCGUAUUCACAGAGGCGAAGAUUUACCCGCUGCCAGUUCCGCACUCAACGAUCCUGCACUAGGUGCAUUGGGAAAGUCACUGUCGAACAAGGCGCAUAGGCUGCAGACAGAAACAGCCAAAUAUUCCAUCACGUUCGAAGCUUUGCUACUUGGUCAUGAAGACUGGAUAUACACUGCGUCAUGGCUCCACAGGGGACAAACAUUGCAACUACUCACUACUUCCGAAGACAAUUCGAUAGCCAUAUGGGAGUCCGAUCCCACGUCUGGUGUUUGGAUCUGUUCCACGAGGCUGGGCGAAAUCAGUGCUCAGAAAGGAUCUACCACUGCGACGGGAAGUGCGGGUGGGUUCUGGAUUGGGUUAUGGUCACCCGAAGGAAACACGGUUGUCUCAUUGGGACGUACCGGUAGCUGGAGGAGAUGGACCUUUGCGUCUAACGAACAAAUGUGGAUUCAACAAGUGGCUAUAACAGGCCAUGUAAGAGAGGUCAAGGGCAUAUGCUGGGCGAGAAACGGGUCAUAUCUACUAUCUACGAGCUCUGACCAGACCACGCGACUCUUUGCGGAGUGGAAGCGAGACGAAGUUCUCUCUUGGCAUGAGUUCUCACGGCCACAGAUUCAUGGAUACGAUUUGAAUUGCGUGGACUCUAUUACCGACUCGCAAUUCGUUUCUGGAGCAGAUGAGAAGCUUCUUCGAGUCUUCGAUGAACCUAAAGGCGUUGCUACAAUGUUGAACUCCUUGUGUGGUAUUGAAACGUCCAACCUGGAACUCCCUGAUGCCGCCAAUAUACCUGUUCUUGGCCUCUCGAACAAGGCGAUACAAGCUGUUGAGGACGAUGCGCCAACAGAAGCAACCGAUGGGGACGAAAGAGAGGCAGUCGAUCCCGCAUCGAUAAUGCGGAAAUCGACUCUUGAUAUUAAGCAUCCGCCAUUUGAAGACCAUCUUGCUCGACACUUGCUCUGGCCGGAAACUGAAAAGCUUUACGGGCAUGGUUAUGAAAUCUCGACAGUGGCAACGAGUAACAAUGGCAAGCUAGUGGCUACAGCAUGUCGAGCAAGCUCCACGGAUCAUGCUGUGAUCAGGCUAUAUGACUCCGCAGAGUGGCUCGAGAUCAAGCCUUCGCUCAAAGCGCACUCACUCACUGUCACUGGAAUGCAAUUCUCGAAUGAUGACAAGUACCUUCUCAGCGUGGGCAGAGAUCGUCAGUGGGUCAUCUGGGCACGCGAUUCGGAGGGUGUCUACAGUUUAGCACUGUCUAAUCCCAAGGGACACUCUCGAAUGAUAUUGGGCGGUUCUUGGGCGCCUCUAGAACGGACCUUUCUCACCGCUGGCCGCGAUAAGUCAGUGAAGAUUUGGCAGUUCACUGACCAAGAGGCACUUGUCAAGGCCACAAUAUCGGCAUCUUCUCCGGUGACUGCAGUGACAUGCUGCAAUGAGCUGUUGGAUGGCCGCUUGUUGUUUGCCUACGGGACGGAGGCUGGUGAGGUCGGGAUAGGUUUGACAUCGCCGAGCUCGAUAGAAGAGGUACAGGUCAGCACGAUCUCGGUCAAGUCAAGCCCGGCGAGGACCAUAAAUCAGCUCGCCUGGCGACCUUUGCGCAACGGAGGGCAGCAACAACUAGCCGUUGCGAGCGAUGAUGGGUCACUGCGUAUUUUCAAUGUACAUCCAUGAACCUGAAACCAUUUGAAUCAUUGCUUGAGCUUGAACCGGGGCACCAGUCAGUUAUUGGGAUGAAAACGUGCAAUCCGGCUGCCGAUGGGAGCAGGGUGGCCUUCGUGUUAGUACCUCACCUUGUCUUCGUCCUGGACAUAGGUCUCUUCUUCAGGUCUCUUAUACCGAAGCCACGCUUGGCUCGAGAAGUAGAGUUAAUUGAUUUAGACCGACCACCCAUGAAGUCAGAACCUAACACACAUAAUCGGCACGAUCGGCGUGGAUUCUAUCUAUGUUCAAGAUUGUUUCGAAUGAGGGACAUUAAUCGAAGCAGCUGAUGGUACGAAUUCCCGAACUUUGAAAUAAGGGGGUCCAUAGUCAAUAUUAUUGUAGCCAAAGUUGCCAGU